UGCUCCCCACCUUCCCUCUACCAUGUGUUCCUUCCGUCCCUGCUGGACCUGCUGCUGUCUGCUCCUCUUCUUCUCCCUGGAAGUCCAGGGGUCCCCAAAGCCUCCCAGCGCUGCCCCGGAGCAAGUCCACUUGUCCUACCCAGGUGAGCCAGGCUCCAUGACUGUAACCUGGACCACGUGGGUCCCAGUGCCCUCUGAAGUGCAGUAUGGGCUGCAGCCUUCCGGGCCCCUGCCCUUCCAGGCUCGGGGCACCUUCAGCCCCUUUGUGGAUGGGGGCAUUCUCCGGCGGAAGCUCUACAUACACCGAGUCACCCUGCGGGGCCUGCUGCCAGGGGUCCAGUAUGUUUACCGCUGCGGCAGCGCUCAGGGCUGGAGCCGUCGCUUCCGCUUCAGGGCCUUGAAGAAGGGGCCCCACUGGAGCCCGCGCCUGGCUGUGUUUGGGGACCUGGGGGCCGACAAUCCGAGGGCCCUCCCCCGACUGCGCCGGGACACCCAGCAGGGCAUGUACGACGCUGUUCUUCAUGUGGGAGACUUCGCCUACAACUUGGAUCAGGACAAUGGGCGUGUCGGGGACAGGUUCAUGAAACUCAUCGAACCCGUGGCUGCCAGCCUGCCCUACAUGACCUGCCCUGGGAAUCACGAGGAACGCUACAACUUCUCCAACUACAAAGCUCGCUUUAGCAUGCCAGGAAACACCGAAGGCCUGUGGUACAGCUGGGAUCUAGGACCCGCACACAUCAUCUCCUUCUCCACCGAGGUAUAUUUCUUCCUCCAUUACGGCCGCCACUUGGUAGAGAGACAGUUUCACUGGCUGGAGAGUGACCUCCAGAAAGCCAAUGAGAACCGGGCGGUCCGGCCGUGGAUCAUCACCAUGGGCCACCGGCCCAUGUACUGCUCCAAUGCUGAUUUGGAUGACUGUACCUGGCAUGAAAGCAAGGUUCGCAAAGGCCUCCGUGGCAAGUUCUACGGGCUGGAGGAUCUUUUUUACAAAUAUGGGGUCGACCUGCAGCUGUGGGCCCAUGAGCACUCGUAUGAACGCCUGUGGCCAAUUUACAACUACCAGGUACUUAAUGGCAGCCAGGAGAUGCCCUACACCCACCCUCGAGGCCCUGUCCACAUCAUCACAGGAUCCGCCGGCUGUGAGGAGCUGCUCACCCCCUUCACCCUCUUCCCGCGGCCCUGGAGUGCCCUGCGUGUGAAAGAGUACGGGUACACACGGCUGCACAUCCUCAAUGGGACCCAUGUCCACAUCCAGCAGGUGUCUGAUGACCAGGAUGGGAAGAUUGUGGACGACGUCUGGGUGGUAAGACCUCUGCUUGGCCGGAUGAUGUACCUCUAGGAAUGGAGACAGCUCUCAGCAGGAACCCCGGACCUUACUGCCAGGCCCGAGAGGGGAGUCAGGGCGGGCCUCGACUCUUCUGUCGUCCUUGGCACCAUGUAGGGUGGAUGCGGCCCUGAGAGAGCUGGAGCAGUCCUCACCUCCCAGAGAGCUGGGGGUCCCAGCCUGCCGGGCUGGGAGAGCAGGUGUAUAUACAGACAGAGUGAAGCAAGACAGGUCAUGGGUGGCACCACCCAGCCCUCCUGCAUAGUAGUGACUGGGCGGAAUGUCCACAGGGCCUCGGGAAUAAAGAGGCUUAUGGCUGUGUCUCCCUGGACUCUAACUUCUGCUGGUGAUGGCCCCCUCUGGGCUGUCUCCCCUUCUGCCCGCCUAGCAAAGGCCCUUACCAGCCCCAAGUCAGCAGGGUGGGCACAGCUGUCAUGACACCACUGUCCAGCAGGUGGCGCCGGCGACCUUCUCAGGCCGGCCCUCUGUGCCAAUCAGGGGCCUGGCUCCCAUAGCCCGA